AUGUCGUCAUCACUGAGCGAGCAAAAUCAAGCUGGUCGUGCUUGGAUUCAAGCGUUCUACGAUAAAAUGGGUUCGGAUACAUUCGAUAUUGAAAGUUGGUACAACGAAUUCUUUCAAGUUGAUGCAACGUUGACUCAUAAUAGUGCACCGGCGAUCAAAGGCCUUAAUGAUAUAUGUGCACAUAUAGUAGGAAAUCGUGCACGACAAUCGGCUAAAUAUGUUGUCAAACAUGUUGAUGUUGUUCCCAAUCGAAUUUAUACAGAAAUCGAUGCACUAAUUACGCUGAAAAAUGAUCCACAAAAGAUGAAGAUUAUUCUCUCAGGACUCGCUGUGUUCCACAAGAAAACUGACGAAAGCAAAUUAUCAGCACUUAGAACUUACGUGGACUCAACUCCAUUGAUGGAACGAAUCCGAGCAAUAUCAUAA